AUGACGACAGAAGAACGCUGGAACGCUCUUUAUUCAGUAUUGAACCUUCGGGGCGAUCUCAAUGCUUGCUUACAGCAUGUGUUCGUCAAAAGACUUGAAUGUCUGAAAGUUGAACUACAGCAUGAGGUUCUCCGAGCAAAUUCUCGCGUUUACGAGGGCAAAGCUGUUAUUAUUGGAGGUACAAUAACAGGUUUUGUGUCCAGAUUGGAGGCUAUUCGAACGACCAACCCGUUCGCAAUUUUGGCGGAGGAGGCAUCAGAAGUGAUGGAGCCUCUCCUUGUUUCAUGCUUUAGCUCAUCUACACGAAAACUGGAAAAGAUCGGAGAUCAUAUGCAGCUGCAGCCGUCCGUAAUGGGCCCGAAUCGACUUCGAGCGAGCGAACAAGAUUAA